GAGGUGCAUAGAAAGCUGUCUGAAAGUGAUCCUCAACCUGCCUGGGAGGAAAACCUAGUUCACUGUCCAGAAGAGCGAGUUCCAGACACCUUGGGGAGAAACUCCUUACGCCAUCACCAAAGAACUUCUCGCCACAGGUGGAAACUCCAACCUAAGCACCAUCCCUCCUCAGGGACACUCAGGCUUCUUAGUCCCUUGAAGAUGAAUGCUGCAAUGUCACUGCUGGGAAGUCAGAGCAUUAUCUCAGUCACAGAGAUCCUUAUUGCCUCUGCUGUCUUCUGUCUGAUCUUCAUGGUCAUCAGAUCCUUCCGGCAGCAGAUCCCCAAAGGGCUGAAGAGGCUCCCAGGACCAAGGGGUUACCCCCUGAUAGGUAAUGUGCUGGAGCUGGGGAGCAAUCCACACCUGACCUUGACUCAGAUGAGCCAGAAGUAUGGAGAUGUGAUGCAGAUACGGAUCGGCACCAGACCUGUGCUGGUGCUGAGUGGUUUGGACACCCUCAAACAAGCUCUGGUGAAGCAAGGGGAGGACUUCAUGGGGCGCCCUGAUCUCUACAGUUUCCGCUACAUUGGAGAUGGCCAGAGCUUGACCUUCAGCCCUGAUUCAGGGGAGGUGUGGAGAGCUCGUAGGAAGUUGGCCCAGAAUGCCCUGAAGACCUUCUCUGUCUCGCCCAGCCCCAACUCUUCGUCCACCUGCCUCCUUGAGGAGCAUGUCUUCAAAGAAGCUGACUACCUAGUAAGAAAGUUGCUGCAACUGAUGGAAGAGAAGAAGAGGUUUGACCCCUAUCGGUAUGUGGUGGUCUCUGUGGCCAAUGUCAUCUGUGCCAUGUGCUUUGGCAACCGUUAUGACCACAGUGACCAGGAGCUGCUCAGUAUAGUAAACCUGAACAAUGAGUUUGGGGAUGUGGCUGCCUCCGGCAACCCUGCAGAUUUCAUCCCAGUGCUCCAGUAUCUCCCCAACCGCACCAUGAAGAAAUUUAUGGAAUUCAACAUGAGGUUCCUCAGGCUCCUGCAGAACAUUGUCAAAGAGCAUUAUGAGAGCUUUGAGAAGGACAACAUUCGAGACAUCACUGACUCCUUGAUUGAGCAAAGUCAGGAGAAUAAAGUGGAAGCCAAUGCCAACAUUCAGCUCCCGAAAGGAAAAAUUGUCAACCUGGUCAAUGACCUCUUUGGAGCUGGGUUUGACACUGUGACAACAGCUUUGUCCUGGAGCCUCAUGUAUCUUGUGACUUAUCCAGACAUUCAGAAAAAGAUUCAGGAAGAAUUAGAUCAGACCAUUGGCAGAGAGAGGAGACCCAGACUCUCAGACCGGCCCAUGCUGCCUUACACAGAAGCCUUUAUCUUAGAGAUGUUCAGACAUUCCUCUUUUCUGCCCUUCACCAUUCCUCACUGCACAACGAAAGACACAGUUCUGAAUGGCUACUACAUCCCGAAGGACCUCUGUGUGUUUGUCAACCAGUGGCAAAUCAAUCACGAUGAGAAGCUUUGGAAAGAACCAUCUAUGUUUGACCCAGAGCGUUUUCUCCGUGCCGGAGGGACUGAAGUAAACAAGGCAAAUGGGGAGAAGAUACUGGUCUUUGGCCUGGGGAAGAGGAAAUGCAUUGGUGAGACCAUUGCCAGAUGGGAGAUCUUCCUCUUUCUGACCACCCUGCUGCAGCAGCUGGAGUUCAGCGUCUCUGAUGGACAGAAGGUGGACAUGACCCCUCUGUAUGGCCUGACAAUGAAACACAAGAAGUGUGAACACUUCCAGGUUAAGCAGCGCUUCCCAAUCCAGAGUUCAGAGUGAGUCACCUCUGGACACUGGAUGGGGGCAAGGGGAGAUCCCAUUUGAAUUUUCAGCCUGAGGGGCCAUAUGCUAAAAUAAAUUGGACCCAAUAUAGCUUCUAUCUGACUAAUCUGUAUUGAUUUGUCUUGCCCAUCCAUUAACUAGCUCCAUCACCCUCACCUGUAGAAUCACGACAGACAGGGUAGCCUGGCUUGUUCACACAGGUGUAACUGCUUUUGGGGGUGAUGCGUGAUAGCUGGGGCUCUCUAUUGAAUUCCUCUUUGAAUGCUACUAAGGUGUAUUCCCUUAAUGCCUCCUUAUAACAGACAGCCAAAAGUUGAAGCCGUCGGGACCACCCAUGUGCUUAAAGUUAUACAUGUGCUUAAGAUCUUUGCUAAACUGGAACCUAAGCUUGUCCCAAAUGUCAUGAUGACCUUCAUCCAGGUAGAGUAUUAAGGUCCAUGGACAUCUUAGGAGGCAGAUCCUCAGCUGAAAUAAACUCCUUAUUGAAGCUAGGACAACUGACAACUAACCUUUGUGUUCAGUAUUGUCUAUUACAGUGUAGAAGAAGGUUAGGCUUGUCAAGGAGGGUAAAAAAGAGUUCAGCAUCUCACUCCCAACUGAAUAUAGGUAAUACAACAACUUU